AUGACGUAUCCCUUUGAGUACUUGAAGACCGGCUUACAGCUGCAGCCCAAGGGUACCGCUUUUGAGAUCAUCUUGCCCCAGAUUAAGUCGUAUUUCGUGGGUAUUUCCGCUUUGAACCUGGCCGCAUUUGGUAAGACUAUUGUGAGGUUCAUUACGUUUGACAAGUUAUGUCAAUCUUUGAAUAACAACACCGAAAAUAAUGACAACUUCCAAAGAUUGACGGGUCCCAACCUGCUGGUUGCCGGUACAUUAACCGGUAUAGUGGAGAGUCUGUUUAUCAUCCCCUUUGAAAACAUAAAGACCACCAUGAUUCAGUCAGCAAUGGUCGAUCCUAAAACAUUGGAGAAGGCCCACCCUCAAGCUAGUGGGAAGCCCACUUUCCAUAAACCGACCACCAAGGCCGCCUCUGUGACUCGUAUCGAAAAACUUUUGCCUACAGUCAAACACAUGUAUCACACAAGAGGCCUUUCGGCAUUUGUCCAGGGAACAACCCCUACCUUAUUUAGGCAGAUAGCAAACACUUCCAUCCAGUUUACUGCGUACACAGCGUUCAAACGGCUGUUGCAAGGAAGAAACGAUAAGUCGUCGUCAGUAAUCACAGGACUAGCCACAUCCUUUACGCUUGUGGCAAUGACUCAACCCAUUGACGUCGUAAAGACAAGGAUGAUGAGCCAAAAUGCUAAAACCGAAUAUAGAAAUACACUCAACUGUAUGUAUAGAAUAUUUGUCCAAGAAGGUAUGGCCACAUUCUGGAAAGGUUCCAUUUUUAGAUUCAUGAAAGUUGGUAUUUCUGGUGGGUUAACGUUUGCUGUUUACGAACAGGUCAGUUUGUUAAUGGGCUUCUCCUCCAGGUCGUGA